GACUUACCUGCAAGUGAACUGUGAUUUGUGCCUUGACCGUGUUGUGCCAAAAUAAUUACCGGUAAAUAACAUGGCUCCACGAAUUCCGGAAACCGAGUCGUCGGAACCAAAAUCGCCCGGCUACUAUUCCGGCAAGCUCGCCCACGAAAUCGGCACCGAUCCGAACUACAGACACAAAUGGUACAAGAAGUCCAUGGCCUUCCACGGCCUGGUCCACCUUUCCGCCCUCUACGGGCUCUACCUUUGCGCCACGUGCAUCCAACUGAACACCUUCCUGUGGACUUUCGCCUUGGGCAUGCUGUCCGGCGAAUCCAUCACCAUGGGGGCCCACAGGUUGUACUCGCACAGAUCAUUCAAGGCCAGCUUCUCGUUGAGGUUGGCGCUUAACAUCUUCCAACUGCUGUCAGGACAGAACUCGAUGUACACGUGGGUGAGGGAUCAUAGACUGCACCACAAGUUCUCGGACACGGAUGCGGAUCCGCACAAUGCCGAAAGGGGUUUCUUCUUCUCGCACAUGGGAUGGCUGAUGACCAAGAAGCAUCCGGCCGUCAAGGAGAAGUACAAGACCAUCGACAUGUCCGAUUUGGAGGCCGACGAAAUCGUCAUGUUUCAAUACAAAUACUUCCUGCCUUUGUACUUCCUGUUUUCGAUCUUCAUCCCCAUGGCUGUGCCCAUAUAUUUCUUCGGUGAAUCGUUUUGGACUAGUCUUUUUGUCUGCUACUUCAUGAGGUACUGCCUGUCGCUUAAUGUCACCUGGACGGUCAACAGUCUUGCCCACAUGUUUGGAUACAAGCCUUUCGACAAAUACAUUAAACCAUGUGAGAAUUGGUUCGUCUCCUUCAUCGCUUUGGGUGAGGGUUGGCACAACUACCACCACGCGUUCCCGUGGGACUACAAGGCGUCCGAAUACGGGGUGAAGAUCAACCUGACCACACAUCUGAUCAACAUGUUGGCCUAUUUCGGACACGCCCACGGUCUGCGUACCGCAUCGGACACCAUCAUCGCCAGCAGGAUACAAAGAACGGGUGAAUCGAGCGACAAAACCUCGGCAGACGAGUUGCCCAAGGACGUGAACGAGGAGGUCGUACUCGCGACGUCCACGUUGGGAUAUUGAACGAUGAUUUUUUGUCUCUUUGAUGUUGUUUCGUUUAAGAAAUGGCUGGAUAAUUUUAACGUGCUGAUAAGUUAUUAUUGUAAUUUAUGUUAUUUGUGAUAUAUAUGUUUAUUUUGGUUAAUAAAUACUUUGAAAUUA